AUGGAGGCCCCGUUUGCAGGAUGCUCGGCCUUCUGCCCGAGACGUUAUUCCAUAAAACUUUUCUACAGAUUCAGCGAGUUUGCUUGGUGGCCUACACUGUCCGCUAUCAAGAUGCCAGACACCCCAGAAGCGCCAGCCCCCGUACGGGAUGAAGAAAAGACACAACCAGACAUCGACAUCCAAGCCCUCGGUAUCUCGCCCGCCGACCUGCCCCCCAUCGAUACCGAAGACGAGACCCUCCAACGAAUCCCCUGGUCCUACAAAUGGAUCGCCCUCCUCUGCAUCGUCUCCCUCCCCAUCGGACACACCUGGACGGGUUCCGCUCUCGGCCCGCUCAAGAAUACGCUGCGCAACGAGCUCGGCGUAAACAACGCGCAGUUUGGCGUCAUCAGCAGCGCCGACGCCUUUGUCAACACCGUGUUCCCCAUUGUUGGAGGGCUGGUGCUCGACUGGUGGGGACCGAACCUCGUUACGCUGUGCUGUACCGCCGUGAUCCUCGUCGGGUCCGUGGUUGCGGCGGCCGGGGUGCAGGUUGGGCUUUGGAGGGUUCUUGUGAGCGGGCAUGUGCUCAUGGGGUUCGGGAUUGCGGUGCUUGACUCUGCUACGCAAAAGUUCUUUUACCACUGGUUCGGCGCAUCAGGCCUCGCCUUCGCCUUCGGCCUCGAGUCCGCCAUCGCCAACACGGUCAGUCUCGUCUCGGGCAUGGUCGCCAUCCCCAUCCGCGACGGAACAGGCUGGUACGGUUGGACAUUCUGGAUCCCCGUCUUCUUCUGCGGCUUCUCCCUAAUCGUAAACGUCGCCUACGUGACCUUCGAGCGCCUCGCCGUCCCGCCUCGCUUUCGACUAACCUCGGGCCGAGCCCGCGCCAUCGCCGAGCAGCAGAACCUCUCGGAUCGCCGCCGCUUCUCCUGGAACGUCUUGUUCGCCUUGCCAUGGGCCUACCUGAUGCUCCCCGCGACGCAGCUGCUCCAGAGCGGUGCCGCGGGUGGCUUCAGCACCAGCUCGGCCGACAUCAUCUUCAUGAAGGGGUAUACGGAGGCGGUGGCGGGGUACUUGUCGACUGCGCAGAAGAUUCUGCCCAUUGUGCUGAGCCCGUUUGUCGGUCUUGCUAUAGAUAAGUACGGACACCGGUUUCACUACGUGGCGACAGCCCCGGUGUUGUGGAUUAUUGCUUGCGCAAUGUUGGGGUUCACCGAUGUCCAUCCACUUGCGGCGCUUGUCUUUUCUAGCUUGGCGGGCGUGAUCAACUCGAUGCCAUUGCAAAUUUGUAUCCCGCUGCUGGUGGCGGACCAGGCAAAGAUUGGGACGGCGUUCGGGGUGUGGAGAGCUUUCAACAACUCUGGGUCAACGAUUAUGGACGUUGUCUUUGGCGCGCUUCAAGACGAUACGGAGGGGAACGGCUACUCCAAAGUCCUGACCGUGGCGAUUGCUAUUAAGGCAUGGGCAUUUGUGCUGGGCUUGUCGUACAUUAUCGUUGAUUAUCGAUUCUUGGGUAAGGGGAUGACCUUGACUAGGAAACAGAGACAGGCGAAGGAGGCCUUGAUUGUGGACCGGCAGGCGGACCCGCUGACGAGACGGACGUCGAAGAAGUGGUUCACUACUUUGACGUUCGGGCUGUUGGUUGCAAUUAUUGCGAGUGCUUGGGCUGUGUUUGUGAGAUAUUUAAUUUAA